AAACCACUUUGAAUUAUGUUGUUAAGCUGCCUAAAAAUUUGGUUGGUUAGUUGUUGCCGGUAUUCUUAACUGUCUACUUUUAGUUCUUGUGUCAUGUUUUGUAGAUUUUAUUUAUCAUGGUAUGCUUUAUGCUUAAUUUUGCAGGUACGGUGCUGAAUGUCAAGUUUGGUCAAUAGUAAAUUUUAAAGGUUGACAGAGGCCAUAGAUGGAGAUAGUUGAAUCGAUACUCAAUAUUCCAGUGCAAGAUCCACCAGAGGAGGAGUUCUCUUCUGCUGAUUUAACUUGGACAAAGUUUGGCACAGCUGAGCACAAGGAUGAUGUAGCACUUAUUCCUUAUGCUCGAGUAGAUGAAUUUAUAAUUGGAGAAUGCUCGAAUGUGGAAUGGCCAACCCGAUUUCAUAUUGAGAGGGGACGGAAGCAAUCAAAGGGCAGUUUAAAGGAGUAUAAAAGUGAUGAAUAUUUGGAAUAUAGACUACAUUGGUGUUCCUUUGGUCCUGAAAAUUAUGGGAAAGGUGGAGGUAUAUUACCUAGUCAAAAAUAUCGUCUAAACACUCGAAAUUGGGCUGCUAGACCUCAAUCCAUGCGAGGAUGCAUAUGCCAUUUUGUAGUCAAACGUCUUUAUGUUCGUCCAUCACUUGCACUUAUUAUGUACAAUGAGAGACGCCAUAUAAACAAGUCUGGUUUUGUUUGCCAUGGGCCUCUUGACAAAGAUGCCAUUGGCCCUGGUGCCAAGAAAAUUCCAUAUAUUUCAAAUGAGAUUCAGCAACGAACAAUGUCUACGAUUUAUCUGGGCAUUCCUGAAGAAAACGUGCUAGAGAAACACAUCGAGUGCAUUCAACGAUACUGUGGUUCAGAUGCAACAGUUAGUACACUUGCUUCCCAAUAUGUCCACAAACUUGGGAUGAUCAUUAAAAGAUCUACCCACGAGUUAGAUCUAGAUGAUCAAGCUAGCAUCCGGAUGUGGGUUGAGCACAAUAAGAAAACUAUAUUUUUCUAUCAGGACACUUCUGAGACCGAUUCUUUCAUUUUUGGGAUUCAAACAGAAUGGCGGUUGCAACAGAUGGUUCGUUUUGGCCAUUGCAGUCUCAUUGCAGCUGAUACAACAUUUGGUGUUAAAAGACUCAAGUUAAUAAACUGGUUGAUUUGUUACCCUUUAUGCACCCUUCUUGUCUUUGAUUCUAGACAACAUGCACUACCUGUUGUAUGGGUCAUUACCCGCAGUGUUGCAAAGCCAGAUGUGGCUAAAUGGAUGAAAGUUUUGCUUGAUCGAGCUCAGAGCAUAGAGUUUGGAUGGAAGGUCAAUGGUUUUGUGAUUGACGAUGCAGCAAUAGAGAUUGAUCCCAUAAUGGAUACCUUUUGUUGUCCUAUCCUAUUUUCCCUUUGGUGUGUUCGUAAAUCUUGGUUGAGGAAUGUUGUUAAGAAAUGUUCCAACAUUGAGGUUCAGCGGGAAAUUUUCAAGCAUCUUGGUGAAGUAGUUUAUGGCAUUUGGGGAGGUGAAAACACUUAAGUUUCCUUGGACAAAUUAAUUCUGGAUUUUGUUGAUCAAACUGCCUUCAUGGAGUAUUUCAAAUCCUCUUGGGUGCCUAAGAUUGGUUAGAUCUCUAUCACUAUUACACAUGCACAAAUAUUCAAAUGGCCUGAAGGUUUCCAUGUCUAAUACUGAUGUUGUUUAUUUCUGUUUGACAGAAAUGUGGCUUUCAACAAUGAAAACUCU